GCCGCGCCAGCCUUCUUCUCCCCACGCCAAUUGGCACCCUUCCCUCUCCCUCCCGCCGUGCCAUUGCCAAGGAACAGGACACGUCUCCCUGCCUCUGGGUCCUCGGAAGCGCCAGCGACAUUAUUGGUGGUGUCGGUGUCACAAGUAGUAGUCAAGAAGGCGUCCGUCGAUAGACAGGCGCCGGCCAUUGAAGCUCCCCCGCUAGCUGCCUGCCUGCCUCCCGUCCAGCGGCAGCUAGCCGUCCUCGCGCCGUGCGUAGAAAUCAGUCCGGCAAGAUGAACGACCUCUUCUCGUCGGGGUCGUUCAAGAAGUACGCGGACCUGAAGCAGCAGGUGGCGCUGGACGACCUGGAGGCCGGCGGCGGCGGCGGCGGGGAGCGCGAGGGCCCGGACCUCGACCGGUUCUUCGAGGACGUGGAGGUCGUGAAGGAGGACCUGCGCGGGCUGGAGGCGCUGCACCGGCGCCUGCAGGCGGCACACGAGGAGGGCAAGACCGCGCACGACGCCCGCGCCGUGAAGGCCCUCCGCGCCCGCACGGACGCCGACGGCGACCAGGUGCUCCGCCGCGCCAAGGCCGUGAAGGCCAGGCUCGAGGCGCUCGACCGCGCCAACGCCGCCAGCCGCAAGCUCCCCGGCUGCGGGCCCGGGUCGUCCACCGACCGCACCCGCACCUCCGUCGUCACCGGCCUCGGCAAGAAGCUCAAGGACCUCAUGGACGACUUCCAGGGCCUGCGGACGCGCAUGGCGGCGGAGUACAAGGAGACGGUGGCGCGGCGGUACUACACGGUGACCGGCGAGAAGGCAUCGGACAGCACGGUGGAGGAGCUCAUCUCGUCGGGCGCCAGCGAGACGCUCCUGCAGGCGGCGAUCCAGCAGGGGCAUGCCGCCGCGGCCGGGCGCGCGCAGGUGCUGGACACGGUGUCGGAGAUCCAGGAGCGGCACGGCGCGGUUCGGGAGAUGGAGCGCAGCCUGCGAGAGCUGCACCAGGUGUUCCUGGACAUGGCGGCGCUGGUGGAGGCGCAGGGCCACCAGCUGAACGACAUCGAGAGCCACGUCGCGCGCGCCAGCUCCUUCGUGCGCCGCGGCGCCGUCGAGCUCGAGGCCGCGCGGGAGUACCAGAAGGGCAGCCGCAAGUGGGCGUGCGUCGCCGUCGUCGCGGGCGCCGUGCUCGUCGCCGUCAUCGUGCUGCCCAUCAUUGUCAACCUCCACCUCCUGACCGUCAGAUAGAUCAGCAUCGAUUUCUCCUCCUUGUACUAUCAUCACAGAGUUCUUGGAUCAUGGUGGAGAUUCUUGCAUUGAUCGUCGCUAGAGAAGAGAAGCGGUGUUGAUUACAUUGGAAUUUGUUGUUUAUUUGUUCAUUCGCUUGAUUAAGCUGGUAGUGGGAGCAGUAUGGAAUUGUAAAAGCCAGUGGAUCUUUGAUCAGAAUAUAGUAGCAACAAAGCGAUCGCUGAAGAUACCAUCGUGGAGUCUCCUCGAGUCGAGAACGGAAGGUUCAGGCUCUUCAGGGCGUGCUUGAAUUGUGAGUGUUGACUGUUGAGGCUGGCGAGAACAUGACAUUUACUGAUUUACAUGUGGUUGAGGCAAGGAACUGAGGACAUGUUGGCCACCAUUUGUGAUGGGGAAGCAUGGAGUCUUGUAGGGACCGUCCUGGCCAUUUGGACAAUUUUUUUU